AUGCUUUGCGUUGCAGAUGGGUCUUGUGCGUCAGUCAAUUAUAAAACUUCAGGAAUCGGUAAAGGUCUAUGUGAGCUCAACAGCAAGACACUAACUCAAGAGACAUCUAAAGCUCAUGAAUUCAAUCAUCUUUAUGUGAUUAAAAAGGUUAGAAAAUUCAACUCUUCUAGCUCUAUAAAAUAAAUACUCGCAAAGUGGUCAGUGCAUGCACGCGCCUUUCAUUAUGCAAGACUGAAGACUUAGUUCGAGUUUUCAGUUUGAUUCAAACAAUAUCUACUGGAUUCUACAGGAAAGGUUUCCAUGCAGUAUUUCUAGCUAUACACCAUACAAUUUAGGUGCCCAUUCCCAAAGACUACAUAUUUAAAUAUAUUACAGUACAAACGAAAACUAUAUAGAUACACGGCAAAAAAUUGAAAUUUUGAGGUGAUUUAUCAUCGAAUUAUUCUCAUCUAUGUUAGAACUGCAGGACAUAUAGAAAUUUACUACUCCUGAUUAUGAUUUCAAGCUGGGGUAUGUUUAGUCACUGUAUAUAUAUAACAUAUCUACAGUGUAAAGUUAGAAUACUGAAACAUUGGCAGUAUUUUGUCGACAUUUCUAAAUUGAAAAUAUAAGUUAACAAUGACCAUAUUUUUUUAAAAGAGCUUUUCUAACCUAGUCUAUAUAUUCAUUUUACAAUGAGUAGACACGAAGCAGCAUGCUAUACUUUGUUCAUGCAACAUUUAUUUGCUGAGUAAUUAUUUAUGUUUGUUUAAAGAAAACAUAUUAAGAAACACAUGUUAAUUAUGCUGCAUACUUCUUUAUUUGUAGAAAUAUCCGGAAACAAUUCCAUCAAGCACUCCACCGAAAUCACAAAAUUUAUCCAAAAGUAAGUUCAAAGUGCGCCUCUCUAGAAAUAUGCAACAACCUCCCACCCUUUCGUAACAGCACAACUGCAUAGCUCGAAAACAUUGUUCCAACAUAAAUUACUUCGUAAGUGGAUUGAGACAUUGUAGUGCAUGCAAUCGCAGGUUACCAUAGUAACAUAAAUAUCAUACAUUUUUACUGUCAAAAUCUAUCAUGUAUAUAGGCUAUAGUUUAUUGUAUAGCCAUGCAGUUCGUCUGACAAAGGCUUUUAAAUAAUUCGAAGUAUCGCCAUAAGUUUUGUCUUUAUUUUAAUCCAUAUCUUGAAUUUUCAAGAUGCAGCUCUCAGAACUUAUUUUAUUUUCUACUUUUUUACAUUGUCGGCGGGAAAAGGAUUUGGAAGGAACCUCGGAAAUUAUUGUGGGAAAAAGGGUUGGGGGUUAUGUGGUCCAUAAAUAGUACUUGACGCUUAUUUUGACAGCAAUUCUAGAUGUAUACUGUACUAUUCACCUUUUAGCAAUUGAAGAUCUGUUGCCAUCUUGUAAGGAAGUGCUGAAGAGAAACAGGUAAAUGGAGUUUCUUCAUAAUGUCACUGUAUAUACUUUAACGUAAAUGCCUUGUAGGGAAAACAGUUUAUAGAUAUACCUUUGAAGUAUUAAGAAAGUUAGUUUAAUUUUAGUUACUGCUACGACAUUAUUUUCCCAACAUUUCUAUAACUCCUUAUAUACUCUAUUCAGCUCACUCUCCAACGGUGUUUACAAACUACGAAAUAAUGAAUCACUCGAAGAAUAUUCAGUUUACUGUCACAUGACUGAAAUACCUGGAUGCGGGACAGGAGGCUGGACACUAGUGAUGAAAAUGGAUGGCAACAAGGUAAAGAUCAUCCCGGUUACAAAUGAAUUUUAAGAACAAUAGAUAGUAAUAAAUUAAUAAUUAUAAACAGAAUAAGUAAGCAUUUUCAUUUACAGAAUGACUUCAGCUACAUCUCUCAUUACUGGACAAACAAGGAAACCUACGCAGUUGAAGAUGGACUUGAAGGUUUGAAUGAAAAACAAACAAAACUUGCUUCUUACUGGAACACACCGUUUAAAAAAAUAUGCCUCGGAAUGAAAGUCAAUGGUGCUACAAAAUGGAUUUUGAUCGGCCACCAAGCAAGUUCGCUGUUCAAUAUAAUCGCAGGCGGAAAUUUCAUAGCAACAACCAUUGAAAAGAACGCAUGGAAGUCACUGGUCAAGGAUUCGAAUUUGCAAAACAACUGUAAUCAACAAGGGUUCAAUAUAGACAACGGAAAUAUACACUAUGCAUUUGCUUACAACAAUGUACGGAUUGGAUUAGUGGCAAAUAAUCAAAACGACUGCGAGAGUUGUGACUCAUGUAUUGGCUUCGGUACUUCGGUACGUGGAUGUGAUGGCGAUGUGAGAAAUUCCGCGUGCGGUAAUAUAAUGGCUUUUUGUACUGAUCCAAAAAAUGAUAAGGACACUGCAGCGUUUGGAUACAUACUUGUACAGUAG